AUGAAGUGGUUUGAGAAUACCUAUAAGAAGGCGCAGAUGAAAGGUUUGGUGAAGUUUGCCAUCGUUGAUGCGGCGACAAAGAUGAAAGUAUGGAUACCUGUUGAGGCUCUGUUUGUGGAAGGAACAACAAAUCUGUUGUCGCAGCGUGUCCUCUACAAGGAUAAUGGCUUUUUCGCGCAGAUAAGUGAGAGCCAGGAAGUGACUACGCUACCAAACAGGGUGAAACAUAUUAUCUGGGAUUUUGAUAUGGUCAGUGGACUCUAUCAGACAAUGGUGGGGCUACCACGCUCUCAGCUAGCUGUGUUGCAGACAGCUGCUCAGCCGGCAAGAUCGCUGCGUUUAUGGCAUUACCGCCCGGAGCAUGCAAACUGGCAAGUGAUCCAAGAGAUGGCUUCAAAGGGGUUCGUGCGAGGCUUGGAGCUGUCAAAGGAGGAUCAGGCUCGAUCAGUACUAUUUAGCUGUGAUCUUCCUGUGAAAACUCCACGACGAUCCCAUCGUUUCCGCAAGAAGUCGACACAACUGAAAGAUUUUGUGUCCACUGUCUUCAGCUCCUCAGCUUCGGCAACUGCUUCGAUGAAGAUUGAAGUUCCGAGAACCUGGACCGAAAUGAUGGCUUCACCGCACAGAAUCCACUACGAUCCCGAGACCCACGUUUCGUUCAGACAAACGAAAGCCAAGCAGCUCAAUAUCAGUGACCUCAAGAUUCGCGAGUACGUGAAAAAGCGGUAA